UACGAGGCGACGAUGCUUUAAUUUCAUUGUUUGAGGCGAGCGACGCCCCGCACAGACCCGGCGAGGAUCAAACACGUCUCAAGACCACUAUUGCUUUUCUCAUGGAAAUCGCAUCCAACCUCCCGCUCGCACGUGGAGUUUUGCACAUGCACGGGGAAAUAAACAUAGGCUAGUGCGCGCAGACACCGAAACUCGUCAGAACGAGAACUAUGUUCCACAGCCCAGUCGUGUUCCGCGGGUUUGCACGUUUCGUCUUCCUCGGAGGCUAGAAAAGUUGGAGAAGCCCAAAAACUCGUGGAGGCGGCGGUGCAAAGGAAAGGGGGUGCGCUGAAGGUGUUGCUCUGUGUGGAUUUCGCCAUGCAUGGUGCGUGUCCAUGGUGGUGCGAAUGAAGAGCGUGCAGUUUUGCAGAAAAGAAGGCAUGAGAAUGAGUGACUUAUAUUCUUUCACGUCGGGUUUUUAGACUUUUAUAAUCGCAGUGGGUCCCGCUGUGUUGGCUGCCGCAUGCCCUUGCAAGGUCUACGUGCAAAGUUGUUUCGCCUGGCCGUCAGAGAACAGUUUUGAAAAAUGCUUCUAUGGAUUGUUCUGACGGGUAUGCUCUGUGCCCUCUGCCAUGCUGGCCCGGCGUGCCCAACCGGCUGCGAGUGCUCCGAGGCAGCCUUGACGGUGAAAUGCGUAUCUAAAGAGCUCCAGGACAUCCCGAGUGGCAUCCCGGGCUACACCAGAAACCUCUUCAUAACGGGCAACUACAUCAGCCGCAUCGGACCCGAAUCCUUCAAAGGACUUGGGAACGUGACAACUUUGUCGCUUUACAACAACAGGAUCACGGAGAUCGAGUCGCAGACGUUCGCUGGGCUGCGCAGCCUGCGCUCGCUGGACCUGAGCGCCAACCAGCUGGUGGUGAUCCACCCGGAGGCCUUCUCGGUGCCCAGCCGCACGCUGCGCGACCUCAACCUCAGCCGCUCGCUCUACAACCACACGUCGGUGCGCGACCUAGCGGUGGCGCUGCGCUGGAGCGCCCUCUCCAGCCUCCAGGGCUUGGACCUGGGCAGCAACGGCCUCAUCUACCUGCCCGACCACAUCUUCCAGCACCUGAGCAGCCUGCGCCGGCUGCACCUCACCAACAACUCCCUGGUGGCCCUCCACAACGCCACCUUCGCGUCGCUGGAGCGCCUGGAGGACCUGGACCUGAGCAUGAACGCCUUCCGCACCUUCCGCGAGGAGGCGCUGCGGGAGCUGGACGGCUUGCCCUGGGCGCGCCUGCACCUGGGCCUCAACCCGUACACGUGCACCUGCGGCAUCGAGCCCUUCGCCGCAUGGCUGAACGAGUCGCGGGCCCGCGUGGCGGACGCCGAGCGUCUCUCGUGCGCCUUCCCGCCGGCCCUGCGCAACACGUCCAUCCUGGGGGUCGCCGAGGUGCCGCUGGGGUGCCACCGGGCUGGGGAGGGGCCGGACCUGGCCCUGCAGACGUCGUACGUGUUCCUGGGCAUCGUGCUGGGCUUCGUGGGCUUGAUGUUCCUCUUCGUGCUGUACCUGAACCGCAAGGGCAUCAAGAAGCGCAUCUACGACAUGCGGGACGCCUGCCGGGAGGUGUGGGAGGGGUACCACUACCGCUACGAGAUCGACUCGGACCCGCGCCUCUCGCACGUCUCGUCCAGCGCCGAUGUGUGACGUGACGGGGACGGGGACGGGGACAGGGACGGACAAUCAGACACUGAACCAGCUGAGACUUAAUUAAGCACACCUUAUUCAGCCAGGUAGACAAGCAAAUGACAGCACACAAAGGAGGAAUUAUCUGGCUGGACUUUUUUUUGGCCAUCUCAAGCUGGUUUGUCUGCCUUUGAGCAUAAUCACAAACCGUGCUGAUGUUUGACGGACGCUCACAAACAGUGCCGACUGACUGAGCCUCUCAGGCAGCUGAUUUUGCAAAGUGUCAAGUCAACACUUGUGAGUUCUACCAACAUUAUCAGUGUUAAAAUGCGAUUCUAUAGGUGGUGAAUUGACACUGCGAAAUCGACUGUGCGGCGGAUCCUAAUAGGCACGACUCUUCAGCUAGGUAAACGAGGGAACAGAGAGCACAAUGAGGAAGGAAUAUCUGACAGGACUUUUGCCUCGCGCCGGUUUGAACAUAACGCCUCUGAACAUAAUCACAAACAAUAUUCUAUUGGACAUAUGUUUGGACAUAUGGCAGUUGUCUAUGGUAUGAUUUGUUUUUUUUAUUAUGAUAUUUUAUUUUUUACCUUGAUGGACAUCCAGUAAAACAAAACAAAAAAACUAUGUGCCAUAUAUUGUGUAUAUAUAGAGUUCUAUUAUUAUGACUAUGAUGAAUUUGGACUUCUUUUCCACAAGAGCAUGCACUGCCUUGCCUGGCCUGGGAGAUUUCAUUCAGUGACACUUAAUCCAUGGUUAUGCACUAAUGCGCUCGUUCAUACUCUCUCUCUCUCUCUCUCUCUCUCUCUCUCUCUCUCUCUCUCUCUCUCUCUCUCUCUCUCUCUCUCUCUCUCUCAUACCAU